GUUGCAUGGUUGCAGCGUAGUGACAGAAACAAAGUGGCCAAAGUGGUUCCCAAAGCUCGGUGUGUGUACGUCGGACCGUGUAGUACCAGCUGUGGGAUACCGAUUUGUAUGAGGUAGCACAUUCGUCUGUCUUGACUGUCGGAAACAGCCCGGUUUAACGAUCGGGUUGUCAAAAUUUAUUCGAAUAGAGACUUCGCGUCCUUGGCAUGCCAAAUGACGACUGCAUAUCAGGUGCGCGGUGCUCGGCUAGCAGUAACCGAUUAUCUCUGCAUGGAUCCUUGAUAGGCUAAAAGCACCUUCAAGAUUUAGCCCAUGGACGACGAUCCCGCUAUGUCGACGACGUCUAACGACUUUGACCUAAACGACGCACUGGCCAAGAGCCAUUUCUACACUGGCCUUAUAUUGGCAAUCAGCUCAAGCAUCUUUAUCGGCACCAGCUUCAUUGUAAAGAAGAAAGGUCUCUUACGCAUCAACAGCAAGGGCCAGACGAGAGCAGGAGCUGGGGGCUAUGGUUACCUCAAGGAAUGGGUGUGGUGGGCCGGGCUCAUCCUCAUGGCUGUUGGAGAAGCUGCAAACUUUGCAGCUUAUGCUUUCGCACCAGCAUCGCUUGUCACACCACUGGGUGCCCUCAGUGUCUUAGUCAGUGCCAUCCUGUCUUCCAAGUUCCUCAACGAACGACUGAACCUCAUUGGGAAAGUUGCGUGCCUUCUCUGUGUGCUUGGCUCUACAGUGAUCGUACUGCACAGCCCCAAAGAGGGCAACGUUGAGAGCAUGGAAAUGCUCGGCACCAUGAUUGUCGAACCUGCAUUCAUAGUGUAUGUGAUCUUUGUGGUGACGGCGGCCAGCAUCCUGAUGGUGAUCUAUGCGCCAAAGUACGGCACCUCCAACGUGGUGAUCUACGUGGCCAUCUGCUCGGUCAUCGGCUCCCUCUCAGUCAUGGGUUGCAAAGGCCUGGGCCUGGCGCUACGCGAGACGUUUGCCGGCCACAAUGAAUUCACCUCCUGGGUCACUUGGGUCUGCCUCGUCGGCGUCGUAAUCUGCAUCUCGGUCCAGAUGAACUAUCUCAACAAGGCACUAGAUGUCUUCAAUACCUCCGUUGUCACUCCCAUCUACUAUGUAUUCUUUACAACGUUUGUGCUAAUUGCAUCGGCAAUCUUGUUCAAGGAAUGGGGAAACAUGAGCGGCGAAGAUGUGCUUGGCAGCCUCACAGGCUUCAUGACAGUGGUGUGUGCCAUAUUCCUGCUGAAUGCCUUCAAGGACUGGGACGUGUCCCUCUCCAGCCUCCAGGGUCUGCUCCAAAGCACGCGCGAACAGCAGCAGCAGCGUGGCAUGGGCGACGGCACUCUGCCGGACCUGACCACCGCUCUGCUAGACUCGCCGCCGGGCUCGUCACACCGGUCGUCGGCCCUAGUCUCUACCCAAGUUGUCCGUAUGAAGAGCCAACACUCCAUAGUAAGGAAGCUGUUUUCCUUCCAUCAUAGCUUUUUUUUUUUCUCUCAAGAAUUGCAGAUGAGCCUAUUGGAGUUGGUUUGUUGAGCUGGAUUGGUUAAUGCAUCAUGUAUACAAGUGGUCAAUUGUUAAUUGUGCACUUUUGCUGACGUUGCUUUCUUAAACAUCUUUAUUUCUCUCUAUGUGGCUGCACUGUAGGUACAAAAUAGCAGUUUCCUAACCAAGUUUAUGUUUGUUGGCCGAUAUUUAUGAUUCAUUGCAUGUGAUGUAUGCAAUGCAUGUUACAGUAUGUUAUCGAGUAGCAGACAUUGGUAACAGACAUUUUGCAUUGUUCAGACUGAAUAAUUAUUUGGCCAGUCUUUGAAGACUUUCAUGAUGUAAAACAUAGCUAAGUCCUUCCAGUAACCAGUUCAAUACAUUGUACGUUUUUGCCUGUUUGUUUGGCACUGUGGAUGCCAAAUGAACUAGGCUCACUAGAGUGAGCAUAUAAGUUUCGGGGAGGCUUUAGUAAGUUUUCAGCCAUCAGUCCACAAUGUCCCGAUGUUGACACAGAACUUUGUCUGAAGUUGUGCUAGGACUACCACUCUGUAGUGUAUGUUGUGUCAAGUGGGAGAGCCCAGUGUAAAUACCUCCUCCAACUAAACCGCUAGAUUGUCUGUGCUCAAACUUUGCAUCGAUGCGAGUUUUUAUGGUGGCUUCCAUUUAUGAGUCUCUAGUGCCCAUCAUCUGCUGCAUUGCCUACUGAAAAAGCUAAGUUUCUGAGUGAAAGAAACAGUAUUGCCAUCUGUCCUAAGGGGGUGAAAUGCCUACCGUGGAGCCAAAGAAAUGCGAAGCUACUUUACGCUCCUGGUGACAGAUUGCACCAAUUCUUGUUUUAUUAAAAGAAAAUUCUUUUAUCCAACACCGCAGCAGACAGUGUACGUAAACUGCAUCCAAGCAUGGUAAUAAGCAAAACCGUGAAUUAAUUUAGCUAUUGAUCAGCCAGCUGUUUAACUGGAAAUGUCGGUUGUUUCCUUAUUGAUGCAGUCUUACAGCAGAAUCUUUUUCAUAUGUUUUGAAAUGUAUAUAGCACUUGUAUAAUGAAGAGGUAUUGUGUGGGAAAUCCUAUGAUCCAAUUUAAUAUCAGUGUUCUUCGUUGGAUGAUAACGUGAUUCAGGAAUAUAUCAGCAAGGCUCAACUAAGUCAGUUAUGUUAAUGCCAACUGUGUCUUGCAAGUACCUAAAGAAUACUUACAAUUUCUUUUUUCCCGUGGUAUUCCAUUAAUUUGUUUAGGUCGCUAGGUACAGUGGAACCCCGAUUAUACGACUAUCUCGGGACUGCGAAAAAGCGUCGUAAAAUGUGGGCGUCGUAAAAUCUGAACAUAAGUUAGGCCUAUAAAAAUACUACUUAUUUCGCGCAACAGAUUUAUGAGAAACUUCAAUAUAAACUGAUAACAUACACUGCAGAGCUUGGAAACCCAAAUUACCGAAAAAGUUAAUGCGAUAAGAAUUAAUGCUGCAGUACAGGUACCAAUCACGCUUUAUUCAAACGAACCUUUACGGCACUCCGCUGCCAACUGCCACGAUUCCCACCAGCCGGCGCUAACUUUUAAAAAAGUCUGUAAGUAUCUUUUAGACCUAGUUUGAUCUGUGAACCAAGAGCUUUCGCUCCAGUUGGGCAACGUCCAAAAGGAGGUCCUCUGCGGUGUCACGUGAACGGAUGAAGUUCCGGAUGCCGUCUGUGUGCCGUAGCACCUUGGCAAACGUGGUAGGCACAGGCACGGCAUCUGUGGCGCCGUCGUUGUCCUCGUCCGAUGUCGCAGCGAUGUCGGCACUAGGCAAAGCCUCCUCGAUGGCGUCAUCCAGCGACACCUUGCCGCAGAUCGCAGCGUUGUUGUCGGCCUCCACAUACUCAGCGAAGGUCAUGGUGAGGUUUAAACCCUCAAAAUCUUCAUCGGCGAAGCCUGCAUUGGCCUCGAGCAGCAUCGAAGGUGUUGCAUUCCCAACCAAGGAGGCAGUCUCUCUCUUAAAGCCACAGUGCUUGAAUGAGUUUGCGAUUGUGCUUCGCGACACUGCGUUCCACGAACUGGCAAUAAAAUGCAUGGCGUCAAGCACAGUGAUCUUUUUUUCCGACACGCUGCGCUCCGUAGCCGCCAGCUGACGCUGCACUAACCGCUUCCGGUGGCCUUGCUUGACGCACUUAAUGAUGCCGGCAUCCAGCGGCUGCAGCCGGCUUGUGCAGUUGGGCGGAAAAAAAAAAACAACCUUUAUGUUCCUCAGGCUGGACGUAUUGGGUGGGUGGCAUGGUGCGUUGUGCACAAAAAGCAAUAUUUUCCUCGCCUUAGCACAAGUUUUGUUAUCCAUCUGCUGCAAAAAUUGCUGAAGAGCGAAGUCAUCCACGCCUUUUUGUUGAAGUAGCUGCACGGCAGCGUCUUCAAGUUCUUAAAGCACCGUGGCUUUGCAAGCUUUCCAACAACGAGCACGGGCAGCCUCUAGGAACCGUCCUCAUUCGCACAGAAUAGUGCCGUCACACGCUCUCUACUACGCUUGCCACCAUGACAGCUGUCACCCUUACACGCAAGGGUUUGCUCGGGCUGCAUAUGGUAAAAAAUACCGCUCUCGUCGGCGUUGGAAACGUCGCAAAGCUUGUAUGCAGCAAUCAUCUCCGGCAGUGAUUCCAUCCUCUCGUUCACCGUCGAAACGUCCAUGGGAGUGCUUUCUCUGCAGGAGCGGCUGUACACAAUCGUGUUUCGUUUUUUAAACUGAUCCAGCCACCCGUUCGAUGCCUGAAAGUCGUCGAUGCCCGUAUGCAAUGCCACAAGGUCUGCCUUUUCAUUUAGAAUGGUGCCAUCAACGUUGAUCGCGGAGCUCCGUGCUUGACGCAGCCACUUGACGAGAACAUUUUCUAACUUCUCAUGCUGUCCUUUUGCCGCUUUCCGCUUGAGCCCGAGCUUGUUGGCAUUCUGCAAUAUCACCACUUUGUUUGCCAGGAUCGUCUUAAGUGAAGAUUCGGGUAUUUUAAGGUCCCGGGCAAUACUGGCCUUCGUGGCUCCACGCCACUUUUCCGCUUCCUCGAUUCAGCUUAUCGCUGAGCGACAGAACUGUCUGCUUUCGGGACAUCGUGCAUCACGUUGCUCCACACAACUCAAGACCUCCGCUGAACGCUGGUCGCUAGGAUUACGACGAAGAACACGUGCGAUAAACCUAGGCCUCUCUGCGCUACCUUGUCGACGAUCUGCUGCUGGGAAACUGGAAGGAGAGAAACACUUCCCCGACGCGACGAGAGGGGACGCUGCCGAGAAGAGAGGGAGAAAGUGAUCGUGGAGAAGGCGCUAUUUCAGCACAGCGGGCGUUGCAGGCAGCUGCGGGUAGGGGGGAGAGAGAAACACUUCCCCAAUGCGACUAGAGGCGACGCCACCAAGAAGAGAGGGAGAAAGUGACUGUGGAGAAGAAAAGGCGCUAUUUCAGCACAGCGAAUGUCGGGUGCUCUGCAUGCGGAGAGACAGAGCGAGGAAAGAUACCUGCGGCACUUUUCUUUCGUCCACCGUUCCAUCCCGCGCUUCGCAUGGGUCGUCGUAUAAUGCGGGUGAGGCGUAAAAUUGCGUCAGGUAAUCGGGGUUUUUAAUGCAUUGCUUCUAUGGGGACUUUGCCGGGACUGCACUAAUCUGUCGUAAAACCCGGUUCGUCGCAAAAUCAGGGGACAUAUAACCGGGGUUCCACUGUACAGUUUCGUUUGCUUGAUGUCUUUCAUGUGCAGGAAGCCACAGUUUGUAUUUCAUAUUUUCUAGUGUACUGCCCUCCUUUGAAUGUUUUCUGUGAUGACAUAUUUUUAUGCAGUUAGGCAAGAGUUGGUGCUUUAGUUAAAUAUGGCUGAAUAGUGUCGCUAUUUGCCUUCAUGAGGUCUUUACUUGAUUUCUAGAAUGUUUUAAUGUGACCCUUAUGUGUAUUCAAGGUCAUCUUUUAAAUGAGCAACUUCUGUAGAUAUGUUUCUUGCCGUGCAGGCCAUGGUACACAUGCCAGACGAGAGGGUGCAGAAAUAUAGCUGUAAAAUAGAGGUUAUACUAAUAGUUAUAUUUUCUUGACUACUUACAAAAGCCCAAAUUUCUGUGCAUCUUUGUAGGCUGAUUGCAAGGUGUUUUUAAGAGCACGUUUGAGUGCCUACUACUGUGCAGCAUUCGAUUGCAGUGUACUGUACAGUAAGGUUCAUUCCUAAGUGGAACACCCUAGAAACAUAAAGACUUGUGCACGUUCAAUGUUGCUAUAACUUCAGAAAAGUAGAUAAGAUCAGGUAUAAGGCAUACAGGCGUAAGGCUUGUGCAUAAAGACAGUUUCCAGGGUCAUGUCAUACCUGAACCGCAAUCAGUAGCAGAAUACUCAGUGUUCUGAUUCGGAAUGUGCCAUACUGUACAAAUGCGUGCCGAACUGCAUUGUCUUUUUCAUUCAUUUGUAUAGUUUUGCGCAUGUGUAAGGGGAGUCAUAUGACCUUGGUUUUUCACCCCCUAAAUGUCAAUUUCAGUUUAUUUAGUGCACUAUCUUUUAAGAGGUUACACAUUGUGUCACCAUGAAAAGUUGGGAAUGUAGAGUAUUCAGGAUGACUGCAGCGAUGUGUCUGCACCUCGAUGCCGCUUUGUGUUAGCCUCAUCUAUUUUGAUCACACUGGAACUUCUUGGUCAUGUUUCUCUGUACCAGCCACACAGGAAGACUUUACAGGAGCACUGACUUGCCUACUGCGCAAUGCAUUCGAUGAGAGCAGGAAACAUCUCAAUAACAAUGCGUGCCUGGUUACGCUCCUUGCUAGUUAUCUGCAACAGUUGGCCUACUUCAGCUCUUGCCAGUGUUGCCAACACGCUAUAACAGGGUACAGAAAGUGUUGCAUGGCUGAUGCUAGACGCCUGUGCCAAAUGUCAACACCACUGUGUCGAUGCCCUACGAGUGCUUAUCUGCACCUCCUUAAAGCAAUUGGCUUACUUCUGCACUUGAAGAUAUGCCAUUGUUGCAAACCUUCCCAUCAUUGUAAGAGGAUUCAAGUGCCAUGUUGCAGCGACUGAUUUUUCAUGCCACUGGCAAAUGUCAACACCACUCAUAUGUUGCAUGCUUGAAACAUUCCUUGUUAGUUAGUAGAAAUUGGCUCUUUUGGCCGGCAGUUCACCUCUUUUCACACUUGAAGGUGUUACCAACAUUACCAGCAUUGUAGGAGGGUACAGGGUGAGUCAGCACUCCUGUUGAUCUUGCUGUGUGGCACUGGUCUCCAUGAGUAAGUGCUCCACUAAGUCAAACUCCCCAAAGACAUCCAGACACAGAAACACACUGUUUUGUCCAAGUGUGUUACAUGUUGGGUGAAUGGGUAUCGAAGUGACAAUGUAGAGGUGUGAAAUGUUUGUAUAAAUAUUGUAAUGGGUCGUAGUUCUUAAGAUAUUCUUUCUUCUCUCUUUUCUGGGUGCAAGGUGCUUGUAACGAGAGUGGAAUGUAGCAUAAGCAUUGUACACAGAGAACAUAAAUAUAAUUUUGGCAUGAUUUCAGCUUGAGGUUGGUCAUUUCUGAUGCCCAUAAAUAGCUAGUAUCAAACCACAGCAGCAACAAAAUUGCAUAUCAUGUAACUGUAGCUGCCUAUCAUACAAUUGGUCAUGCGACUUCGCUGUCAUGGCAGCUGCCCAGCCAGCCGAAAUUCCCACUCAUUGCAUAACUGUGUAGCCUUUGCAAACAGGUUUCAUUUCUUUUGGAAUUCCUAAAGUAUGCUUCAGGGGUGUCUUGAAGUUAUUCACAUUCGGAGAGUUCAUUUUUUUGUGCACGAAGGUACGGAACUUAAAGCUGUCUUUCUUCAGUGUGCUUCAGUGAACCGUAAUGCUUGUCUUUAUUAAAGCCUUUUGGUUGUGUUUACAA